AUGGUUGCGUUUUGGGGUUGUGACGUGACAGAGACGAAGGAUGUAGUUGUUGAUGUGUCUAAUGGUAUUGUGCUUAAUGUGUGCAAUGCCACAUGUGGUGCAUUGAAUACCGACGAUCAGGUAGUUUUGGGUCUCGAAACAAAGCAAGUCGACGGUAAAGUCUGGAAGGGCGCAGUUGCACAUUUGGGUGGCAAACAGCCAUUGCAGGUGAAGUUAGAUUUAGUCUUUGAUCACACGGUCAAGUUCUACUUGUCAAAAGGCUCGGGUGUUGUAAAUCUUACUGGAUACUUUCAACCCGUUCCUCCCAUGGACUUGUUCGAAGAAGAGGAGGAAAAGAAAACGUGUCAUGUUGAAAUGAUCCCCACUAAAACGAGCAAGAAACGUGCUCGUGAGCAGAAAACGAUAACGGAAAAGAAUUGGGAUGAGGACUCUUCUUCGUCCAGUGAUUUAGAAAACAAAGUGCCAGAGAUGAAGAUGAAAGCUGCAGUUACGACGCCUUCUGCCAAGCACCAGGAGGAACAAAAUGAAAAGAAAGCUGCUGCUGAAGGUUUUGGCGCCACGUCCUUAAACCAUACUACCUCGGCAGCGACGUUGCAAAAGAAGAAGCGUAAGAAGAAGCACAAAAAGCAGGCUGUUAAUGGUAAAGCAGAGUAA